AUGGAGUUUGCCACAAGGUUGCUACAGUAUAUCAUCCGCAGACAAGUGGUCAAGCUGAGGACUGCAUAUAAAACACCAAUUGGAGCAUCCCCUUAUAAGCUGGUAUAUGGGAAGGCCUGCCACUUGCCCGUUGAGCUCGAACACAAAGCAUAUUGGGCCAUUAAGAAGCUGAACAUGGACCUUGGAGCCGCAGAAAAGACCAAACGAUGGCAUGACAAGCAUAUCGAGCCACGUCACUUUGAGCCUGGCCAACAGGUAUUGUUAUUCAAUUCUAGACUGCGACUGUUCCCUGGGAAGCUAAAGUCGAGAUGGUCAGGUCCUUUUAAGGUGGUGAGAGUCACCCCUUAUGGUGCAAUCGAGCUACGAGCUUUAAAAGGUGAGAGGACAUUCUUGGUGAAUGGUCAUAGAGUCAAGCAUUACUGGGGAGGAAUGAUUGAUCGUGAAAAGAUAAAGGUUGUACUCGCUGAUGAGUAA